AUGCGUACCGGUCGUACGAGAACCCAUACUGCCUUCGAUCCCGCGAACUCCAGGUACAAUGUCACCUAUGAUGGUAGAACCAUCGAAACGACCGUGACCGACGAAGCAACCGUGGUCAACCAAUGGAUACAAGAAACUCUGUCGCUCCACACCGGGAGCCCAACCGUUGUAGGGUUGGACAUUGAGUGGAGGCCUAAUGUGAUCCGGUCGAUGAGCAACAAGACCGCCACCCUGCAGCUCUGCAUCGACAAGAGAUGCCUGAUCGUUCAACUAUUCUACAUCGACUAUGUUCCUGAAUUGCUGAAGGACUUUGUCAGAGACCCUAACUUCACUUUCGUUGGGGUGGAGGUCGAUGGUGAUGUGGACAAGCUCAAAGUUGAGUACGGCCUGGAGUGCGCGAAGCACGCGGAUGUUCGCGAGCUGGCGAAACUGCGUUGGCCAGGGAGGUUUCGUAAGCCGGGCUUGAAGGAUCUAGCGCUUGAGGUGGUGGGCCUUGUCAUGGACAAGCCCAAGCAUGUUAGCAUGAGUAACUGGGAGGCCAGGGUGCUCAAUAUAAACCAAGUGGAGUAUGCUUGUAUUGAUGCAUAUGCUUCAUACAAGCUUGGGACUGCACUUCUCUAA